ACUUUAAUCUCUUUGUUUUGUUUUGUAUUUGUGUGUUGAAGUAUUCCGAAACAUGUGAACAUCAUCGUAUUGUUGAUCGUUUUCACGAGAUAAGACGCGGUUAAAUUUUUAAAUUAUCAACCAGUUAUGAUUAUCGCUAUUCAAACUUUAAUAUUUUUCCGCCAGUCUCUUUUAACCGCGUUAGAUAGGCUUUUGAGGCCGUACUUUCAAAAGUUCGCACUGUCCCUCACUAAAAGUUCCUUUGAAUCUGAUGACGAUGAACCCGAUGAAAAUGUUUUCGCCGAAUAUGACGAUGAAAAAGGCGUUAUUUUCUUCCCACCAAUGUAUGUACAGCGAUAUGCUGCUAUUGUCGACUGUCUACUGGACGAACGGUGGAGCGGAAAAUUGGAAAAGGUGGUAGACCUUGGUUACCAUGAUAUGAGUUUCAUUAAGUACCUGAAGGAAGUUUCCGGAAUCAAGUCAAUUUUGGGAGUUGAUCUUGAGACUAUACCAUUGCAGUGCUCAUCAGACUUGUUGAGUUGUAAUGAGUAUGCACCUAAAAGAGAAACACCUUUACAAAUUUCACUGCUCCAAGGCAAUGCAGCAGACCCAGAUUACAGACUUAUUGGUUGUGAUGCAGUCAUAGCCAUAGAAAUGAUAGAACAUAUGCUACCUCAUGACCUGGAACGACUUGUACACACUGUGUUUGCAUUUAUCAAACCAUGGAUUGUCAUUUUUACCACACCAAAUGGUGAUUUCAAUGUACUGUUCAAAUCAUUAGAAAAAAAUGGCUUGAGAAGGCUCGAUCAUUUUUUUGAAUGGAGCAGAGAUCAAUUUCAUGAUUGGUGCAGUAAUAUAGUUACAAGAUACCCUGAAUAUACAGUUUCAUGCAGAGGUAUAGGACCUGGGCCCGAAGGCACAGAGCAUCUAGGCUGCUGCAGUCAAAUGGCACUGUUUGUUUCUAAGAACUAUCAUAAACAAAAAGAUUUGAAUCUCAAUAGUUUAGCAUUAGUCGCUAAUGAUUCUGUUCCUAAUGAUCUAAGUGACGUGAUUGAUAAUUGGGAGAGCCCAGAAUUGAUGACGGAGAUGAUGAUUUAUCCAGUUAAUAAUAUCGAAUCGUACACAGAUAUAACGAUUUCCGAGAAACAAUCGCAGGUCACGUUUUACGUUCCAUCAAAACGAAAUUCAUCACAUAAAAUAGAGUUUCAAGACAAAUCAACACAAUGUAACCUAGAUUUUGAACUAGCGAGGAAUUUUUUAAUGUUCGACAAUGAAGAUAUGUGUUUUAAUAUUUUAUAUCCAAGGAAGAAAGUCGUUAACAAAGUAUAUGAGAUUGAAGAUGUUUACAGCAGAUUGAACUGUACGACGCUGCAAGUUAAGAAAUUCUCUAAAACAACACAAGGUUUGAUGGCGAAGAAUAAAGUGGAUGCUUUAGUUCACACAAGGGAAGUAGUGGAGGAAAUUAAACAUCUCACGAAAAUGUUAAAUUUUAAUAAAAGCGGCUUGAAUCAACAAGAUGAGAAAACGCACAUUUGGUAUAAUUUCAACUGGGGAGAGAACGCGCCGUAUUGGAAUCAGUAUUAUAAAAUUGUUCGAGAAUAUAAUUAUCCAUUUGAGACUAAAUCAGACGACUGCCGCAUUCUGGACUUGAUAUCGGAUGAGAUGAAUAGACUGAUAGAUUUACAAUAUGAUGAUAUAUUAUCUGUUGAUUUAAACAAAUUGGAGAUUCCACUGCAGCAUCUGAUGCAGACAGUUCAACAUAUAACCGAUGAUGUGGAGAAAGUGAGAGAACUUUUAGAAUGGAACGGAUAUGAAGUCGUUGAUGACAUGGUGAUAUAUUCAAGAUUGGCUAUCGACAAUGUUACUAUCGAUUCACAAAUUGACGACUGGCAAGAAAACGAAUCAGUAUCGGAUUGGGACACAGCGGAUUUUCGGUCCACGUCUAUUUCCGAUGGAAGUGCAAACCAAGACUACCAUGGUUUGAUUUAUUUUCGGCGAUGCUUGCUCCGGGCUAUUGACCACAAACUACGUAAAUUGCGUUCGAUGCUGACCGCGGGCGAGGAUAUAUCUACUGAAUUGGACCGAGCGGUCUGCAGGCUGAUGAAGCUAGCACUCCAGUCCAGCAAGUACCGUUGUACCCCGCCACCGGCGAAAUGGAUGCAGUGCAAACUGUUGGACUUGUUGACCCUCACCGAGAAGGCUAUAGAGAAACGAAAGAGGCAUUACAUCGAGAACUUUCCGUUGAAAGCGAUCGAGUGCGAUCCCGCCGUUUUUCCGGGGCUAACUCUUGAAAAUACUAAAAAAAUAGGGCAAAACGAAAUCCUUGAGAAAUAUAGCUACUUGACUUUCUCUACGGAAAAAUUAAAUGCAAAUGAAUUCACACCCCGACCCAAAUAUUCACCAAUCGACAUAGAUCUAGAAGAUGACCUAAGUAUUUCUAGUACAGAUCUAUUGAAAGUAGAAUACGAAUAUAUUGAAAGAUUCUCACCAACUCGUGAAACCGAUGAAAAUAAGUUAAAUCUGAAGAAGUUUGAUGAUGAUCUCAAAGAUUGGGACGAUAACGAUAUGGAGGCAAAUCUUUGUUCGGAUCAUGAUUAUAAUAAAUACGAUAAUAGCUCUGGCGAUACGGAUCACAGUGCGAAUAAUAAGAGACUUAAAUUCAAAAGGUCAAACAGUUAUAAAAAGCGAGGCAAUAGAAACAAAAUUGCUAAUAAAGUUGACUGCCUACGCAAAACCAGUAAGAAAUGUUUCGAGGAACACCACGGAGACAAGAUGAAAGGAAGACAUCAAGUACUAAAAUUAUAAAGAAAGUCAUAAGGAAAAAGUCCAGUUAUAGUUGUUUGGUUAAAACCU